UACAAAGAACAGACCAUACAAUAGAUCAGCCGCUUCUAUAUUUUUAAGUAAUACAAGUCAAAGGCGGGUUAGACGUCCGAUAUUCUAUACCGAAAAAUAGUUUCUCCUUGGAACGAAGCGUGAGAUUGUCUGGUAACGAUGUCGAGCCCUAUGAGAGCACCGAGAACCCCUACACCACAGGAUGAAAAUCAACCAGUGGGUGGAACACCCAGGCGACAGCCUCGAACUCCGACUUCCAACAGAGCUCGUUCAAUCGCCGGGACUCCUUCUACAAGCUCCGUGUCUACCAGACAAGGUACGCCUCAGAGACGAUCAGGUAACAAUCCGGUGGAGACCCCGUUGAGAUGGGGCAACCGUCGUACUCACGAGACCAUUGCACCUUCAUCAGAGGGUCAUUCCUCUGUGCCAUUAUCUUCGCCGAUUGGGCAGGGACAGACCAGUCCUCUUGCUGCUGGUAUGAGCGAAAUAGAGUUGUCUUCUCCAUUAAAUUAUGGAACACCCAGUUCCUUGGCAUCAGUUCGUACUCCCAGAAGUGGUAUCAGAGGAACUCCUAUGAGGCAGAGACCAGAUAUUCAGUCUGAAAAACGUAUUCGACAAGUUAAUUUAGCGGAGACGAUACCAGAAGAACCCAAUGCUCCGCAAACAUCAGAAAGUGAGAAUGGUCCACAAUUGGUAAUUUGGGGCACAAACGUCGUGGUAGAUCAAUGUAAAGCACAAUUUAGACGAUUUAUUUUGCGCUUUAUCGACCCAGAGGCGGAAAACGACGAAUUGCCUGAGAACAUGAAUCUGACAGAUCCACUGUACCUGCAAAAACUCGAAGAGAUACACACACUGGAAGAACCCUACCUGAACGUGAACUGCGCCCAUCUCGAGGCUUUCGACGACCAGCUUUACCAUCGACUGGUGUGCUAUCCGCAAGAGGUGAUACCAGCCUUCGACGUAACCGCGAACGAAAUGUUCUUCGAGAAAUAUCCUGCGGCAGUGCUGGAUCAUCAGAUUCAAGUGCGGCCGUUCAACGUCACGAGGACGAAAAGUAUGCGUCUCCUGAAUCCAGAGGACAUAGAUCAAUUGAUCACGAUCACGGGUAUGGUCAUUCGCACGUCGAACAUCAUGCCGGAGAUGCGCGAGGCUUUCUUCAAGUGCAUCGUUUGCUCAUUCACGACCACCGUGGAAAUCGACAGAGGUCACAUCGCCGAGCCUACGGUGUGCACACAAUGCAACAACAAUUACUGCUUCAGCUUGAUACACAACCGCAGCCACUUCUCCGACAAACAGAUGAUCAAGCUGCAGGAGUCACCAGACGAUAUGCCAGCUGGACAGACUCCUCAUACGGUGGUGCUGUUUGCACACAACAAUCUGGUCGACGCUGUUUCAGCGGGUGACAGAGUCUCCGUUACUGGUAUAUAUCGCGCCUUGCCGUUGCGCGUUAAUCCACGACAGAGCAACGUACGAGCUAUCUACAGAACGCAUGUUGACGUCGUCCACUUCAGAAAGCAGGAUUCUAAACGGCUGUACGACGAAACGGAAGGCAAGAAACAUGUGUUUCCACCGGAACGAGUAGAACUGUUGAAGCUAUUGUCGCAGAAGGAGGACGUGUACGAACGUUUGGCGCGUCACAUCGCCCCCAGCAUCUAUGAAAACGAGGACGUGAAGAAGGGGAUAUUGCUGCAGCUGUUCGGCGGCACGAAGAAAGAGCAGAGCGAGUCCAGCAAGAAGCACUUCCGCUCCGAGAUUAACAUACUGCUGUGCGGAGACCCGGGCACGAGUAAAUCGCAGUUGCUGCAGUUCGUAUAUAAUCUGGUGCCUCGCUCACAGUACAGCAGCGGGAAAGGUUCCAGUGCCGUCGGUUUGACCGCUUUUGUGACGAAGGAUCCUGAAACCCGUCAAUUGGUAUUGCAAACUGGUGCCUUAGUGCUCGCCGACAACGGCAUUUGUUGCAUCGACGAGUUCGACAAGAUGAACGACAGCACGCGCUCGGUGUUGCACGAAGUUAUGGAGCAACAGACGUUGAGCAUCGCCAAGGCGGGCAUCAUCUGUCAGCUGAACGCGAGAACGAGCAUCCUGGCGGCGGCCAAUCCCAGCGAGUCACAGUGGAAUAAAAAUAAGACGGUGAUAGAAAAUGUCAUGUUACCGCACACGUUGAUGUCGCGUUUCGACUUGAUCUUCCUCAUGCUGGACCCGCAGGACGAAAUGUUCGACAGGAAACUCGCCAGACAUUUGGUAUCGCUCUACUACAAAUCCGAUCUAGAGGAAGAGGACGAUAUUGUGGACAUGAGCAUCUUGCGCGACUACAUAGUUUACGCUAAGGAAUCCGUUCAUCCUAUCCUUAACGAAGAGUGUCAACAGAGAUUGAUCCAGGCCUAUGUGGAUAUGCGCAAGGUGGGAAGUGGUUAUGGCCAAAUCACGGCCUAUCCGAGGCAACUGGAAUCAUUGAUAAGACUCGCCGAGGCUCACGCCAAGGUGCGAUUCAGCAACGUAGUGGAGAUCGAGGAUGUCGAAGAAGCAUGGAGGUUACAUCGGGAAGCGUUGAAACAGUCCGCUAUCGAUCCGCUGAGCGGCAAGAUCGACAUUAGCAUUCUGACGACUGGCAUGUCCUUAGCGGCGAGAAAACGCAGACAGGAACUGGUCGAGGCGCUGAAGAAACUCAUUAAGGGCAAGGAUAAGGCGCCGAGUCUAAAUUGCCAGAAAAUUUUCACGGAAUUGAAGGAAUCGUCCAGUGUGUUGGUGACGCGUGAAAUGUUCGAAGAUGCUCUGAAAGAGUUACAGGAUGAUGGUAUCGUGAUCGUGACUGGCAAAAAUACUAUUCGUGUCUGUUAGAAUUACCUGCGUUUUUCUGACUCUUGCGCGCGGAAGUUAGAAUUUUAAACUCGUCUCGAAAUUUAUUGGCACUGGAAUGUGCAACGAUAAAGCAGUUUUAAUACUCGACAAUAUCAUGAAGAAAUUUGAUUUAUCGAUUGUAAAUGUUAUUUUUUUUAUUUUCAAACUUGUUUCUAAAAUGCAAUUUUGCGUCCGGCAACACAACAACACGUGAAGUGCACUUGAAGCUCUAUUGAUACUCGCUUUUUUAUACUCACACUAAAUAUUUUUAGCAUAUGACAUUUGGAUUAUUAUAUAAAAAAAAUAUGGUUGGAUAUGAAAAAAUCUAUUCCAACUAACGCGAAAUCUCUUGGCAUCGCGAAUGAGUAUUAGAUUGCCAGCAGGUAGAAUUAUCGAAAGAACAUAU